AGAUGACUGCAGCCAGAUCUUUCCUGACCCAGACUCCUCCAGCAGCAUUACCGCCUCCCUCCUCCCUCCUCCACCUCUCUAGUUCUUUUCUUUCUCAAUAUUGAUUAUUUGAUUUUAUUUUGUUCGCGUGAGCGUUUGCCUACCGUGUGUGGGCCUGGUACCCAUGGAAGCCAGAAGAGGGCGUUGGAUCCCCUAGAAGUGGAGUUACGGACCAUUGUGAGCUGCCAUAUGGGUGCUGGAGGCUGAGCCUGGGUGCUCUGCAAGAUCAGGGACUGGAUGGCUGGAAUCCCUUCACACGUCCUCAACAGCUCCCCAUCAGACCGGCAGAUUAACCAGCUGGCCCAGAAGCUUGGCCCCGAGUGGGAGCCCAUGGUGCUGUCUCUGGGGCUGUCCCAGACCGACAUCUACCGCUGCAAGGCCAACCAUCCCCACAACGUGCAGUCCCAGGUGGUGGAGGCGUUCGUCCGCUGGCGCCAGCGCUACGGGAAACAGGCCACCUUCCUGAGCUUGCACAAGAGCCUCCAGGCCGUGGAGGCAGAUCCCUCGCUGCUCCAGCACAUGCUGGAGUGAUCCUACCCCCCCCCCCCACCACCACUUGCUGGGGUGUGGGUCCCCAAGUCACACAGGCUGAACCGGACUUUCACUGGGCAAGUGGCUUUGUUCUGGGUGUUUUGUUUUGUUUUGUUUUUUUUUUUCUUUUCUUUUCAGUGAGCCUCAGCUGGAAGGGGAACACCUGGAUUCGACUGGCUCAAUAAUCCAACGGCUUUAAUUGCUUGAAGAUUGCAAUGUUGUAACUGCAGUUUUGAACUCCAUGGUUGCCCUUUUAACAGAGGUCCAGAAGAAAACAAACCAAAAAAAAAAAAAAAAAAAAAAAAAACCAUGCGACCACAUUGCAUGCAGGUGUCCUGCAUACAAAGCAUCUACUCUUCCGUUGCCUGGAAACUGGACUGUGGACUUAGCCCUUCAUAAUGAUGAUGAUAAUAAAAAGUGAAUUGUGUUGUAGAAUGCGCCUCAUUCGUGAGAAAGUCUACUCUGCCCGUGCUUCUCUUGCAUGGAUUGAGGGUGUAAAAUCGUGGGAGUGGAAUCAGUUUGAUAGCAGCUGUGAAGUAGUGGGGGAUAAGUAGCUCAGACAGGAUGUAUGGAUUAAGCAUGAGACACCCAAGCUCCCUGCAGAAGCCAGGAAGAGAACCGCAGCCCUUCACCUUAACGAUUGCAUAAGAAAUCUCUGUCCGUUUAUUAAAGGUAAUUGGGUCUGAGACAAAGGGGCCUCAUGUCUCCCUUGAUGCCCGAAUGGCUGAAGAUGUUGUGUUCCCGAGGCGGGUCAUGGGUUGUCCAGCCUUUCAUUGAGAACACAGUGUU